CUCUCGUUCCUUCAUCGCUCUCGCUCUGACGGGAGAAGGUAACUCGAAGAAGAUGACUAUUGCUCUCUGUAAUUAGUUCUCUCUCUUAGCAAUUUUGAGCUGCAACUAGACUUUUACAGCCUGAGAAUUUUUCCUUGAAACUUUUUUUUUUCCACUCGACAACAUUGUAGUCCAGUUCUGUCCGUGGAAGAAAUCUGUUUCCACAUCGAAAUUUGAUUGGGAUUUGUCCGAAUAUCAAAAACUGUGUUUAAAGAAAUUUAGGCAUUUUUCCUGAUAUUGCCCUCAAAUAUUGGAUAAUGGAAGGAAAGUUCAAUAAUUUUGUUGUUGGAGAUGUGCCAACGUUGAUGUAUAUACCGAAUUUCGUCACAGUCGAUGAAGAAAACCAGCUUCUAAAUAAUAUUUAUGAAGCUCCUGUGUCAAAAUGGAAAUCUUUAAAGAAUAGGAGACUACAGAACUGGGGUGGUGUUGUCCAUGAAAAGGGUCUUCUGCCUCAGGAGUUACCCUCUUGGCUAACAAAGAUUACAAGGAGAAUUUAUGAAGAAUCAGAGCUUUUCCCAUCAGCAAUCAAUCAUGUUCUCAUCAACGAGUACCAUCCUAACCAGGGAAUCAUGCCGCACCAGGAUGGACCUGCUUAUUUCCCAGUAGUAGCUAUUUUAUCUCUGGGAUCACCUGCUGUCAUGGACUUCACACCGCAUUCAAAAUUAAGAUUUGGGAGCAACACAUUGAAGGGUGAUGCUGAAAAUAGAAGAUGUGAUGGUAGAGAUUUCAAGAUCGAGACACAUGAAUGGAUAGAUAAUCACCAUCCCUUUUCUGUCCUAUUGAUGCCUCGUAGUUUACUCAUUUUCAAGGAUAAUGCAUAUUCCGAUUACUUGCACGGUAUAAAAGAUAGUGUGACACAACAGCACGCUGGGGCUGUGAAUGAAACCCAAGGAAUGAUGCAUCAAGAACUUAAUGAGAAAGCAGACCAAGCAAUGAGGACUGGAGAUCUCAAAGUUAUUCAUAGAACUACCACUAGAAUAUCUUUGACAUGUAGAUUGGUGCUCAAGGUUCACCGAAAUUUGUUCAAGUUUUGAAUGUAUGGGAAAUCUGAGGUAUUUUGGAGAUGUGUGUUUUCUGGUUUGUAUUGAACUUCUUGUGACCGUUCUUUAAUCGCCAUUAGCAGACCUUUUUUUUAGCAUUUCAUGUUUCUCCUCUAUAAUUAAUAAAAUCAAACAUACAUGA